GAAUGAUUGUUGUCUCGAGUUGUGCUGUUUUUCUCCGCAUCUUUCACCUCCCGACGUCAACACAAGUUACAGGUUUUAUGGCGGUGUGGGUUAAAGUUUAAUGACUUUGUGAUAGUAAGCCUAUUACCUAUCAACUGCAGCAGACUCGCACAGCGAACAACCUGCUGCAUGGGCCCCGAGAGGAAUCAAGGAUUAAAUAAAUUGUUUAUAGAUCUCCAGCUGCAAAAAUGGUCAGGAAGACAGUAGUGGUAGCGCUGAUGCUGCUGCUGAUGGCGGCCGUUGCCACAUUUCUGGGCGUCUUCUACGGUAUGCCGAAGAGGAAGCCCCCAGGUGAGCAUGUGUACCUGAAGGCAGCCGUGGCAGCAGACGCUGGGCCGUGCUCAGAGAUUGGCAGAGACAUGCUGUUGAAAGGAGGGUCUGCAGUGGAUGCCUCUAUAGCUGCUUUUUUGUGUGUCGGAUUAAUGAACGCUCACAGCAUGGGCAUAGGAGGAGGGCUUUUCUUCAACAUCUAUAACGCAGAAACUGGGAAAGUUGAGACCAUUGAUGCCAGGGAGAAGGCACCACGCAAUGCAACGGAGAACAUGUUUGGCAACAGCACAGAGUUAGCCCAAAAAGGAGGGUUGUCCAUUGCUGUACCAGGGGAGAUUCGAGGUUACCAGAUGGCGCACCAACGACACGGUAAACUGCCUUGGAAAGACUUGUUCGGGCCGAGCAUUGAACUUGCAGAGAAAGGAUUUCCUCUGGGCAGGGCACUGGCCAAGGCUGUGUCCCAAAACAAGAAAACCAUCCUAAAUGACGAAGCCCUUUGUGAAGUGUUUUGUGGGAACAACGGCGACGUCCUAAAAGAAAAUGAAACCGUCAAAUUUACCAAACUAGCAGCGACCUACAGGAAGAUAGCCGAGGAGGGUCCUGAUGCUUUCUACACGGGAGAACUGGCUCAGAACCUGGUGGCUGACAUUCAGGCAGCAGGCGGCAUCAUCACAAUGGAGGAUCUGAAGGAUUAUGCGGUUGUCUUGGAUGAGGAGCCUCUAAGGGUGAAUGUGGGGGAGUACACCAUGGCUGUUCCCAAUGCCCCUGCUAGCGGCCCUGUGCUAACGCUGAUAUUAAACAUCUUGAAUGGGUACAACUUCAACUCAGAUAGUGUGGCGAGCACUGAGAAAAAGAUCCUGACCUACCAUCGCAUCGUGGAGGCCUUUCGUUUUGCUUAUGCAAAGAGAACCCUGCUUGGAGAUCCGAAGUUUCUCAACAUUACAGAUCUCAUCAAGAACAUGACAUCAAGUGUCUACGCUGAUGACCUCCAUGAUAAGAUCACUGACAGCACCACACACCACAUGAACUACUACGAGCCGGAGUUUUACAUGCGUGAAAAUCACGGGACGUCACACCUGUCUGUGGUAGCAAAAGAUGGAAGCGCUGUGGCCGCCACCAGCACCAUCAACCGAUAUUUGGGCUCCAAAGUCAUGUCAAAGUCAACAGGGAUAAUUCUCAACAAUGAGAUGGACGACUUCAGCUCCCCCCUCAUCACAAAUAGCUUCGGCGUUCCUCCUUCACCGAACAACUUCAUCAGGCCAGGGAAAAGGCCGAUGUCUUCCAUGUGUCCAACCAUCAUUUUUGACAAAAACAACCAAGUUAAGAUGGUGGUUGGAGGUUCAGGAGGGACAAAGAUCACUACUUCUAUAGCUCAGGUGAUUCUGAACGUGCUCUUCUUUAACUACGACCUGGAAAAAGCCGUGUCAGAUCCGAGGUUUCACAACCAGCUGAGUCCCAACACCACUUUGGCAGAGCCUGGGUUUGACAAAAAUGUCUUGGAGGGUUUGGCAAGUAAGAAUCACACGACGGCGUUCUUGAGAUCAACAGGAGCCGUGGUUCAGGCGGUGCUUCGUCAUGGUGACUGGCUGUACGCUCAGUCAGAUCCUCGCAAGUGGGCGUACGCAGCGGGAUACUGAGAUCAUAAACACUGGGAGACUGCAGAAACCGUCUGAACCUUGACUCCAUUACUCCACCUGAGAGAUUAGAAACUAAAUAAAGAUCCAGCAGCCGUCGUCAACUCGUCCUGGGCACCAGUUGUUCUAUUCUUUAGCUACAAUAAUGGUCAUGUGCUUGGUGCCACAGCUGAUUGUAAUGUCUACUGAAUUCAAGUCACAUUAUUUAAUGUCUCUAACUAAUUUUCAAGAUAUUUCAUGUUGUUUUAAGUGAUAGCUUUACUGUUAUUUUUAAAGAAGAAAAAGAGAAAAAAAGAUAUGUGUAAAUGUUAAAUUCUUUACCUACUGAUGAAACAGUCAUAAAAGUACAUAAAUCCUCUAUUUAUGUAGCAUUUUUGUAAAUCAUUAACAGUGUAAAGCUAUUCUGUAUCACUGUUUUCCAGUAAAUAUCUGAUAAGUUUUAUCUACAGUACUUACUAAUGACUGAAUUCUGAAUUAAGGGAAAUAUUAAUAGACAAAGUGAAGCAAAACUGAGAGAGUGAACUCCUGUGUACUUUCAGUCCUUUAAAACUUUUAUAUACUGUAGGCAGAGUGUUGAUAUGAGGUGACGGAGAGAUCAGGCAGGAGCUGCAGUUAAAAUGAAGGACUGUAACACCUCAGUGUCAAACAGUCCCACAGAAUAUAUAUAAUGACUUGCAGUAAUUUUCCCACAGCCCAGAGUGCAACAGCCUGUAAUGACCUCAUAACAACAUUACAGCUGUUGCAGCCUACAGUCACCGCUGGGAUUCAGGGCUUCUCUUCUAUCAGCCGCAAUGUAAAUGACUUGCAUUAUUUCUAAACAAGUGUAAAGUUAUAUAUCAGGGCUUUGCUCCAGAUGACUGGUUCAUAUGUGAUACAAACAAUGUUCUGAUACAAAGUGGUUUAAUAUUCAUGACACUUACUGGAUGUAUAUUUAUUUAAAAAUAAAUAUAUUACAAUCUC